GAGACGCAGCGGGGAGCACACAGUACGGACUGCGAGCAAAUUACACCAACCUCCUCAAAUUAACACGACAAGAAAGCGAACCUGUGCGGUGACGCGCCACAGCCUUCCAAGCAUGGAGACCGCGCUGAAAACCAAGCACUGAAAAUGUGAGAUUUACAAGAGGAAAUCAGAGGAGAGAGCGCGUGUGUGCGUGUAUGUAUGAGAGAGAGAGAAAUCGCUCUUUAUCUUUCGCGGGUGAUCUCAAUUCUGCAGUCUGAAAAUGAAGAAGUUCAACAUCAGGAAGGUGCUGGACGGCUUGAAAGAGGUGUCCUCCUCCACCCCGUCUGUCCAAGUGGGGCCACAGGAGAACCACCUGAUCCAGGAGACCCUCCAGUCCGAGCAUUUCCAGCUCUGCAAGACUGUCCGUCAUGGCUUUCCCUACCAGCCGUCGUCCAUGGCUUUCGACCCCGUGCAGAAGAUACUGGCCAUCGGUACCCAGAGUGGAGCUCUCAGAUUGUUCGGUCGUCCAGGCGUGGAGUGUUACUGUCAACAUGAGAGUGGAGCGGCCGUCAUCCAGCUACAGUUUCUCAUCAAUGAGGGAGCGCUGGUGAGUGCUCUGGCUGAUGACAGCGUUCACCUGUGGAACCUGAGGCAGAAGAGACCAGCCAUCCUCCACUCCCUCAAGUUCAACAGAGAGAGAAUAACUUUCUGCCACCUGCCCUUCCAGAGUAAAUGGUUGUACAUCGGCACAGAACGAGGGAACAUCCACAUCGUCAACGUGGAGUCCUUUAUGCUCUCAGGCUACGUCAUCAUGUGGAACAAAGCCAUUGAACUGUCCUCCAAGGCUCACCCUGGACCAGUUGUCCACAUAAGCGACAACCCCAUGGAUGAGGGAAAGCUUAUAAUUGGAUUUGAGUCUGGGAUCGUGGUCCUGUGGGAUCUGAAAUCAAAGAAGGCCGACUAUCGCUACACUUACGAUGAGGCGAUCCACUCAGUUGCCUGGCAUCACGAGGGCAAGCAGUUCAUUUGCAGUCACUCAGAUGGAACUCUGACCAUAUGGAACAUCAGAGGCCAGGGCAAGCCCAUACAGACAAUCACCCCGCACGGAAAACAGCCCAAGGACGGGAAGAAGCCAGAGCCUUGUAAACCCAUUCUCAAAGUGGAGUACAAAACCACUAGAAAUGGGGAGCCCUUCAUAAUCCUGUCUGGUGGUCUGUCCUAUGACACCGUGGGCCGGCGGCCUUGUUUGACGGUGAUGCAUGGGAAGAGUACCGCCGUGCUGGAGAUGGACUAUCCUAUCGUAGACUUCCUCACACUCUGUGAGACCCCGUACCCCAAUGAUUUUCAGGAACCUUACGCUGUGGUGGUCCUUCUAGAAAAGGAUUUAGUGGUGAUCGACCUUGCACAAAAUGGUUACCCUAUAUUCGAGAACCCCUAUCCUCUGACUAUCCACGAGUCUCCUGUGACCUGCUGCGAGUACUUUGCCGACUGCCCUGUGGACCUCAUACCUGCACUUUACUCUGUUGGCUCGCGGCAGAAACGACAGGGCUACAGCAAAAAGGAAUGGCCUAUUAGCGGUGGAAACUGGGGUCAAGGCACACAGAGCUACCCAGAGAUCAUCAUUACUGGGCAUGCUGAUGGAACUGUGAAGUUCUGGGAUGCGUCUGCAAUAAUGCUCCAGGUGCUCUAUAAGCUCAAAACAGCCAAGGUGUUUGACAGAAACCGGUCCAAGGAGGACAAAGGCAGCACCGAGGUGUCAGAUGAAGACCCCUUUGCCAUUCAGAUCAUGGCCUGGUGCCCUGAGAGCCGGAUGCUGUGUGUGGCCGGGGUGUCGGCCAACGUUAUCAUCUACCGCUUCAGCAAGCUGGAAGUAACUACUGAGGUGGUGCAGUUACUAGAGGUGCGAAUGCAGUAUGAGCUGAACGACAUAGAGUCUCCAGACGGCGGGGGUGGAGGGGGAGAACAGACAUCGGCGCUUCCCACCCCCGGUGCCUCCCCUCAGACAAGCGGCCCACCUUCACACCCCUCCACAAGCAGCAACAACUCUGAUGGCGGCAACAUGCCCUGCCUCAAAGUGCGCAGUACUCCUCUGAAGCAGUCUGCAGGUUACCAGGUAGAUUUGGUGGUCCAGUUAGUGUGGGUUAGCGGAGAGCCUCCACAGCAGAUCACAAGUCUGGCACUCAAUUCCUCCUAUGGCCUUGUGGUGUUUGGCAACAGUAAUGGUCUGGCGGUGGUGGACUACAUCCAGAAGACGGUAGUGCUAAACCUGGGGACGGUCGAGCUUUAUGGCUCCAAUGACCCCUACCAGAGACAGCCUCGCUCGCCAAGAAAGACACGACAGCCUUCUGGAGGUCUGUGCGACAUCAACGAGGGCUCCGCCACAUCAGAGGACCGCUGCAAGUCCCCCACUUCAGUGUUGACGAACAGCAAUCUACAGCAGUUCUACAAUGGAGGUGGUAGAGGAGCAAAGAUGUCACGGAAAUUAAGCUUGCCUACUGAGCUAAAGCCAGACUUGGUCCUCCUGUCUGUAUGCCCGCCGCGGGGUGCCAACCCAUUAGACCAUCGGGACAAUUCUUUCAGCCGCUCACGCUCCUCCAGCGUAACCAGCAUCGACAAGGAAGCACGAGAGGCCAUCAGCUCCUUCCACUUUAGCGAGGCCUUCGCCCGGAAGGGGGACAGCACUUUGACACCCUGCCUGUAUGUGGGCACAACUCUGGGCACCGUGCUUGCUCUAGCUAUCACAUUGCCACCUGCUGGGGAGCAACGGCAACUGCAGCCAGUUAUCAUUUCACCUACAGGCAUGUUGGUGCGACUGAAAGGCAGCGUUAUGCGGAUGGCGUUCCUGGACUCAACAGGGGCCUUGCUGCCCCCUGCCCAUGAGCCUUGGUUUGAACCCAACGUCACAGCAGACGGUGAAGAAAGAGAGAAGGUCCGUAAGCGCCGUCCCGUGUCAGUGUCCCCCUCCACCUCCCAGGACCUCAACGAGGGCCAGUACGCUGUGGUGUGUUCAGAGAAACAGGCCAAAGUCAUGUCCCUUCCCUCCCACACCUGCAUCUACAAACACAGCAUCACAGAGACCUCCUUCAUCCUGCGGGCAGACGUGGUGCAGAUGAGUCACGGCGCGUGCCUGGCGUGUUUCUGCGCUAACGGCCACAUCAUGACCCUCAGUGUGCCGGGACUGAGACCGCUCAUGGAUGUAAACUACCUGCCUUUGACAGACAUGCGGAUAGCAAGGACGUUCUGCUUCACCAACCUGGGUCAGGCCAUGUACCUCUGCUCCCCCACUGAGGUCCAGAGGAUCACUUAUAGCCAGGACACCUGUGAAAACCUGCAGGAGAUGCUGGGUGAACUCUUUACACCAGUAGAGACACCAGAGGCUCCCAACAGAGGGUUCUUCAAAGGCCUCUUUGGGGGAGGAGCACAGUCACUGGACAGAGAGGAGCUAUUUGGUGAGAUAGCAGCUGGAAAGGCAUCCCGGAGUCUGGCCCAGCACAUCCCAGGCCCAGGUGGCAUCGAGGGCAUGAAGGGGGCAGCCUCUGGUGUGGUUGGAGAUCUGGCGCGCGCCCGGAUAGCGCUGGAUGAAAGAGGCCAGAAACUGGGCGAGCUGGAGGAAAGGACAGCUGCCAUGAUGGCCAGCGCAGACUCCUUUUCCAAACACGCCCAUGAGAUGAUGCUGAAGUGCAAAGAUAAAAAAUGGUACCAGUUCUGAUCAGUGACGCGGGCGGAGCAGAGCUCCACGGACACAACUGUCACCUUCCAUUGGCUCAUUUGGACUCACCGUGACCCCCACCCAUCCGUCUGUCCAUACAUCCAUCCCUCCAAGCCUUCUUCACUGGGACACUUGGGAUUUUCUUCCCUAGCACAAUGUCGAAUACUGUUCUUACCUCAGUCUUAGGGUGGAACUGAGGGGUGGACAGGGGAGAAGGACGACCUCAGAGGGAGCAAAUAAUGGUGUCUUUUUUUUUUUUUUAUGUUUUUGUCUCUUUGUUUAUCUCUGUUUUGAUUUCUCCUCCGAGGUAGCCGAUUGGUCCACGCACCUGGAGAUUCUUCAUUCUCAUUUGCCAAAAUGUCCGUCACUGUUGUCUCCACUCCGAGCCUGUCGGGGCCAGUAUUCAAACCGACGAACAUAGCUGAAAAAAAGACAAAUACCUAACGAAGAAACAGACUACAAAAAAUUCUUAAAAUGUAAAAAGAAGGAAAAAGAAUCUAAAUACAUCAUUAUAUAUACAUAAAUCUAAUAAAUGUGCAACGCUGUAUCCACUUCCGAGUGACAAGUACAAAAGAAAGGGAUAACUCAUCGAGGAGCAGGGUGCUGAAGAAGGUGGCGUUGGAGAGCCACAGGAAGUGCUGUGACAGUGACGCCUCCUCUAUGCAGAGAGUCGCGGGGAUAAAAGCAACUUAUUCUGAUGUACACUGGAUAUUUCGUCAUCUCGCUCAACCUCUAGACUCUCCUCUGUAUCUUACAGACUUUCAUAUUGUUACCAACAAUGUGUGUGUGUGUGUGUGUGUGUGUGUGUGUGUGCGUGUGUGUGU